UGCUGACCUAAAUCGCAUUAUUUUCCGGAAAUGCACUUUAGGAAUUAUUUGUAGUUUUGAUAGAUCACCGGAAGUUCCGGUGGCAUUUCACUUCCGAUGGGAAGCCGGAGAAAAAUGAAUGCGUUUUUGCGUUCUUUAGGAAUCUAAUUUUCUUUUUCAAGGAACAAAAAGCGUAGCAGCUGACCCAACGGUUGAGCUGUGACAGCUCUCGUGCAGCUAGCAAAGCGCUAAACCAGUUAGCAGUCAACACGAGAGGAACGAGGAUCAUCACCUUCAUUCCUGUGUCUGAGAUCUUCUAAAAGCGUGUAUUGAUAUAAUGUGGUCCAGCUGUCGAUCAUGUUGCUCCUUGGUUCAGAAAAUCCACCUCCUACUGUAACAUUCAGGUCACAGUGAGUCCAGUACCAGAGAAACAGAAUGGGUCUGUUAUCCGACCCGAACCGAAGGAAGGCGUUGACCAGUCUCCUCACCCGCCUCAACACUCCUCUAUGUGUGGUGUGCUACCUGGCGGGCAUCGCCUGGUUCAUGGGCCUGGCGUUUGAGCCGUUCACUCUACGGACGUACAUGUCUGAGAACGCCAUGGGUUCCACCAUGGUGGAGGAGAGGUUCCCCUCAGGAGAAAGAGCCUUGGCUACAGGGCGGGAGUUUGCAGCUCAGAAGAAGAAGGUUGGGGGAAUGCCGGUGGACUGGCUGGUGAAGACGAUGCAGGCCAGAGGGCUGGAGGUUUUCACCCAGAGCUUCUCACGCACUCUGCCUUUCCCUGAUGAGAACAAGGAGAGAUUUAUGGUUCGAGGCACUAAUGUGUACGGGAUCCUGCGAGCACCUCGAGCUCCCCGAACAGAAGCCCUGGUGCUCAGCGCCCCCUGCAGUCCUGGCAACAGCAACAACCAGGCAGUUGGCCUUCUGCUGGGUCUCGCACAGUAUUUCAGAAGUCAGAUUUACUGGGCCAAAGACAUCAUAUUCCUGGUGAACGAGCACGAUCUCAUCGGCAUGCAGGCUUGGUUAGAGGGCUACCAUCAUACCAACAUCACUGGGAUGGACUUUACGCCGCUACAGGGCCGAGCAGGCUCCAUCCAGGCUGCUCUCUCGAUGGAGCUCAGCAGUGAUGUCAUCACCAGUUUGGACCUGGUACUGGAGGGUCUAAAUGGACAGCUGCCCAACCUGGACCUGGCCAACCUCUUCCAUGCCUUCUGCCAGAAGCUCGGCAUCCUCUGCACCAUUCAGGGGAAGCUCCAGAGGAACGACUGGGACAGUUCAGAGGGAUACACGCAUUCAGCACAGACUAUGAUGCUGAUGGUGCUGAAGCAGGCGAGCGGUCGGCCCUGGGGUGACCACGGGCUCUUCCUGCGCUAUCACAUCGAGGCUGUGACCCUCCGCGGCAUCAACAGCUUCAGACACUACAAGACUGACGCCACCACUCUCGGCAGGCUGUUGGAGGGAAUGUUCAGGAAGCUGAAUAAUCUACUGGAGAGACUUCACCAGUCCUACUUCUUCUACCUAAUGCCUUCGUUGUCUCGCUUUGUGUCCAUUGGAUAUUACAUGCCUGCUUUUGGCCUGCUGGCUGCCAUCCUGCUCCUGCGAGCAUUGGAUCUCUGGGUCCAGAUUGGAAGUCCAGCUCCAGUAUCCCAGGACGGAGUCGGUGAAACAGAACCGCCAUCAAAUCCAGGUGUUCUGUCCAUACUGACACCUAUAGUGAUCAGUCACCUGACAGGCGUGGCUCUGUACACUCUUCCCAUCCUGUCUCAGGACACUGCAGUAGAGCACUUCCCUGUGUCUGAGACCGAGGCCGUGGUUCUCACUGCCAUCGCCAUCUACACUGCAGGCUUGGCACUGCCCCACAACACACACAGAUUGAUCUCAGGUGAGGCCACAGAGCAGGGCUGGCGUGUGCUCAAACUGGCGGCUCUCCUCUACCUGGCUGUGCUUCUCGGCUGCACAGCUCUCAUCAACUUCUCCCUGGGCUUCAUCCUGGCUGUCACACUGGUGCCUGCUGCUGCCUGCGUCACACCGCACAUGCCCAAAUCUUUGGGUGCCUUGGCGAUGGUGCUGCUUAGUCCAGGUUGCACAAUCUUCUACUGUAUCUUCCUCUUCCAGGACCUUCAGGAAGCUCCGGUUACGUUGCCCGAGUGUUGUGUGCUCUUCCUGUCCGUCAUCUCUCAGGGCAUCCUGGACCACACCCUCUAUGGCUCGCUGAUCUACCCGCUCUUGGCACUGUUUGUGUAUCCAUGUUGGCUGCUGCUCUGGAAUGUCCUGUUUUGGAAAUAACAAGAACGAACUGGGCCUGUAAAGUGCCUAUCAGGGAAACCGCUCAGAAGCAUUCAGCCUUCCUUCGGGUGCACCUGAGAGGCAAUUUGGGAGAAACAUGUCAGGGCUUAAUGAAAGUCAAUUGGGGAGUGGUCAAGAAUAUGGGAGGAGCUACUAAAACUUUAAACGAUAUAGGAGAAAAAAAAAAACGUUGAGGAGGACAUUUUCUCCCAAAAGCUUUUUUCUUUUUUGUAUGUGUAUAUUUGUUUUAGGAGACUGGACAGGAAAGCCAUUUGUUUAACACUGGAAGGAAACAUGAAUAGGAUUUUUUUUUUCUCAAAUGAAAGUAUGCAUCAGUGUUUUUCUGGUAAGCUAGCAGGAAUCACUGAGCUUAUACUAUACAUUGUGUUAAAAUGGAGCAAGAAUGAGAACAUUUUAAGUCUUACUGGCUGAAGCUAUCUGAUAAAUUGGGUACUUUCCUUUAAUUAAUGUGACGAGCUUUUUCUGAACAAAGGACUACUAACCAAAUUUACUAUAUUGGUUUUCCUUCAUGGCAAUUUUGUUUUCAAAGUUGCUGAAACAUUUUUUUCUUACUUGAUUUAAAAUGUACUUUUUUUUUUUGUUAAUAAAAUGCCAAAAAACUGAAA